UUGGGUGAGGGUUGAUGUUUUACGAAGGCGGGAAGGCCGCGCAGUUCGCGUUGGUGGGGCGUGAGCCCGCCGGGCCGCCGUCCGAGCUCCGCCCCCUCGCGCGGCGCGGGCGGGGCGCGGGGCGCUCGCUGGCGGGGAGGGGCGGCCGCCAUUUUGGUGUCGCUGCCUGGGCUCGGAGCGGCGCGCAGGAGCCUCACGCGGCGGCGGCGGCGGCUUCUUCGGGCGCUGAGGAGAUGGAUUCCGGAGCCCGCCCGGGCGGCGGCGGCGGCGGCGCUCCGGGGCAGUCCCGCGAGUACAAGCUAGUGAUGCUGGGCGCCGGUGGCGUCGGCAAGAGCGCCAUGACCAUGCAGUUCAUCAGUCACCGGUUUCCUGAGGAUCAUGAUCCCACAAUUGAGGAUGCUUAUAAAAUACGAAUACGCAUUGAUGAUGAACCUGCAAAUCUGGAUAUCUUGGACACAGCAGGACAGGCAGAGUUUACGGCCAUGAGGGACCAGUACAUGAGGGCUGGCGAGGGAUUUAUCAUCUGUUAUUCAAUCACAGACCGGCGUAGUUUCCAUGAAGUGCGUGAGUUCAAACAGCUAAUCUAUCGUGUUCGACGCACCGAUGACACUCCUGUGGUCCUGGUGGGAAAUAAAUCUGAUCUGACGCAGCUACGGCAGGUCUCCAAAGAAGAAGGCUCUGCUUUAGCACGAGAAUUCAACUGCCCGUUUUUUGAAACUUCAGCUGCGUACCGUUACUAUAUUGAUGACGUCUUUCAUGCUCUUGUGCGAGAAAUCCGCAGGAAAGAGAAAGAAGCAGUAAUGGCGAUGGAAAAAAAAUCAAAACCUAAAAGCAGUGUAUGGAAAAGACUGAAGUCACCGUUUAGAAGGAAGAAGGAUUCAGUCACUUGAACAGAGAGAAUUCCUCUGCAAAAUAAAACGAAACCUGUGAGCAGCCAUUUGUAACCAAAGCGGUUUAGUGACAACAUUUUGACAGCAUGUUUUAAACCCGGUGGGAGUUUUAUGCGGGAAUGCAUAACUUCUACCAAUUAUUUUUGUUUAGGAUGAUAUUCUCUUAAUUUUGGGUAUUUAACUCAAGACACAAUAACAGUUGUACUUCUGUUUGUUGUAAUUUUUUUUACUGGAUCUGGCAAAUGUUGCUUGUAUUUCGUUGGUUACAAAUGCUGAUAGGUUUAUGUCCCUGCACUUUUGAAUAUUUGUCUUCGGUCACUGUGUACUGGAAGCUGAAUUGUGUAAAAUAUUGCUGAAGUUCUACCCAGCCUAACUUAAUUAAUUUUUUUCCUACUCGUUUGCACAAGAAGAUUUUGCUGCUCUCCGUAACAGUAACCUACAUCGCGAGAGGUGGCUUGUCGAGGUCGUGCUGAAAAGUAGUUUACAAAGCGUAUGUCAUGACUAGAGCAGCCUUGACUGCGUAUCGAUGUCAUUGAACGCAGCUGUGCUAGAGUUCUUGUGUUCUCAUUGAAUACAUUUUUUUCCAGCAGAAGUAAUGUGGAAUACUUGUACGAGUUUAUCUUAAUUACCAGUUAAUCAGCAGUGUUGUAGGUGGGAUUCUAAACAAGCCAGAAAAAGCAAAUUAUGGUUCCUAUGGCAGCUAUAACUUGGCAACAGUGCGUGAAUAUGUAGCAUUUUCCUACUGUAUAUAGCAUUUACUGUGUUGCCAUAACGUGUGUAAUGUCAUGAUGCUGUAGAAACCACAGCUUUGGAUUUUCUGACUUGCUUGUUAACAAUCAUAGCUGUAAUGGUGUGCUGGCUUAUUUAUUUACAUUCAGUUGUAUGUUCUUGUCUUAGAGGAGCCAGUAUCUUUGUUAAGUAGAAGUCUCUAACAUAGUCAUUUCAGAUUAUUCUAUGAUAACUCCUUUGUAGAGAAAAUGACUGAUACUGAGGCAUGUGGGCCCAGAAUGAACACCCCAGUACUGGUAAGAUUCUCCCAAUGCAGCCUUAGAAGGACACUUGCCGGUGCAGUAGGGGCAGGCAAUCAGCUGGGCGCAGCGACCGCGCUGACUGCUGCGUCCCGGACCUCACGCAGGCGGGUGGUCCAGGUGCAGGCUUCCUUAUGCUCGGUAAAGAAUGAUUUGGUUAAGAAAGUGCUUCUGAGGCAGACCCUCCAUACAUAGAGAGAUCCUCUGCUUUCGAGGUGAUUUACGUAUACAUUGGUUACAGAAUUUAAGUCCAGCAGAGAAACGGAUGUCUGGUGUUCCUGACUUUGUUUGUUAGUAAUGGAACAAAUCGUAGUUCGGCAACUCGGACAUGGUUAACACAAGCUUCUCAGAGAACGAAGUGCCUAGAGUAAUUCAGUUUAAGAGAGAAAGGGCUUAGUAGACUGUGUUGUAUAGCUUCUGUUAUUCUUCGAUCAUCUGUGUCAGUAACUGUGUUAAUCUUAUGGAUCGAAAAUCAGAUCUGUAGCGUCAGUCUCUGUGCUACAUGUGAUGGUGCAGUCAAAACUGAAAAUUCAUGUAAAAGGAUUAUUGCAAGAAGCGAGGAUAGCAAAUAUAUAAACUUAAGCUUUUUCUCUUGCUACACUCCUUAUUGUGUAAGAUAUGACUGGAAAUUCUGUGCCUGUUGAUUUUAAGAGUAUUUUCUUUGUGUAAGAUUUUAAAAAAAAACUUAGAAUGAGAAAUUUGGAGGGGGGGGGCACUUUUUUUUUUUGUUUGUGGCUGAGCUAAACAUUUAAAUUGGUUGCUGUUUCUCCCAGUGCUCCAGCGUUACGCUACGCUGGUAAUGAUCUCAUUCAUUGCUUGAAAAAGAGGCUGAGAAUAAUUCAGGCUGUCUAGAAUGUAAGGCCUCUUAUGUUCACGCAGUGAGCAGUCGCGCGCAUCUUUUCAGCGGUUACUGGCUUAGGACCGAAGCCCUCCUCGUCCUUCAGUGCUGCGCUGAAUGCUGUCGGUAGCUCAGAUGGCAGUCCUGGGAAACUGUCGAGCAGCAAACUUGAGGAGAAGGAGCGGGCGACAGCUACGAAGUUGCUGUAAAAGCAGUCGGUGAUUCUGUCAUGGUGAAAAUGACGUCAGAGCAGCCUCUGGAAAAGCGGAGCAGGGACCGACUGUGGUUCCGAGUGUUCCCUGUGCUUUUCCUUGAUACAGUAAGUUACCAGAAAGCAUUAGUCGCCUUCCUGCAUUCAGAGUUUUCGGAUAAUCUGUAAAGGUAACCUGUCGGCAGUACUGCAAGCUGCACGGGACUAUUUUCACCUUCAAAUAACUGAUGUCUGUGCCUUACGUGAUUCCUUCAAUGCAAUUUAAGUGUUUACUAAUGCCUUUUGUGAGCCUGUUGCUUAUAGAACUAUUACAUCACAACAGCAGCAAGCACUUUUUUUUUUUACACAGUGUUAUUCAAAAAGAGUUUUAUUUUUGUCAUGUAUAAAUUUGUACACAGAAUUAUUGUUUUAUUUGACACAAUAUAUAAUUUUUAAUACAAACGUUUGCAUCUGA